AGAGCAGACCCGAGAAAAACCAGCUGCCAAAACCAAAAAGCCUCCAAAAAUGAGACUCCUCAUCCUCGCCGCCACCGCCGUCGCCGUCCUACUCCUCGAAGUCUCGGCUGCCGGGGCAGCCCGCACCGGGCCUCCGCUCGGGGGGUGGCAGCCGAUAAAGAACCUGAGCGACCCGUACGUGAGGGAGAUCGCCGAGUUCGCGGUCAAGACGCACAAUGUCGAGGCCAACACGGGGCUGCUGCUGAAGAAGGUGGUGAAGGGCGAGACGCAGGUCGUCGCGGGGACGAACUACAAGCUCGUCGUCGAGGUCAAGGACGGGGCCGACGCGAAGAGGUUCGAGGCCCUCGUCUGGGACAAGCCGUGGGAGCAUUUCCGGCGUCUCUCGUCGUUCAAGGCCGUUCAGGGCAACGUGUGAGCGUCGUCGUUUCGUCCUACUUGUGAAUUACCGCUAACUAUCCUUUCAUCGGUCAUAUUACAGCGUCAGUAGUUUGAGAAUAAAAUAAAGAGUCCAUAGAAGUGGAGAUCUGGUCGUUUUAUCUUCAGGAAUGUUAGUUUCAGUCUGAUCUGUGUGAUGGGCUGUUUCUGUAUGAAAACUUUGGUGCAAUUCGAGGAAUCCCAGGUUUUGCUUUCCUUUUGCCUGCGCUGUCCUUGCUUUUCUGGGUCUGUUGUCCCUUGAUGCAAGGGGAUAGUUUAAAUAAGGAUGACUGAACUUUG